AUGGCAUGUAAGCCCAUGCGGCUGCUCUUCCUGCUGAGCUGUGUUGCCAGCCCUGAAGUCCUAGGGGAUAUCCUCAGACCCAGCUGUGCUUCGGGAUGGUUUUACUACAACUCCAGUUGCUAUGGAUACUUCCGGAAGCUGAGGAACUGGUCUGAUGCUGAGCGCGAGUGCCAGUCCUACAGCAACAGGAGCCACCUGGCCUCCGUGCUGAGCUGGCGGGAGGCCGGCAUCAUGGCGAAGGCCAUCGCCGGCUACCAAAGGAUCCAGCCCGUGUGGAUCGGUCUGCACGACCCCUACCAGAGACAGCAGUGGCAGUGGACGGACGGGGCCGCCUACGAGUACAGCGCCUGGAAGGGCAGGGCCGAGGACGGGGGCGGGCCUUGUGUAGAGGCCAGCCCCAGGCACAACUUUCUCACUUGGAACCCGAACGUAUGCAGCCAACGCCACCAUUUCCUGUGCAAGUACCAUCCAUAG